AUGAACGUUCUCAAGCUCCAGAGGAAGUAUCCUCAAUUCCCUCAGAACGAAAUCUACGGCCUGAGCGACGCCUUCCGCAAGCUCGACAUUGACGACAAGGGCUACGUCGACGAGGCCACCGCCAUCAAGGCCACCCAGCAGAGCGAACGCCAACCCUACGAUGUCGUACGACAGGCCCUGAAGGAGGUCGAGCUCGACUCCUCCCGCAGAGUCGAGCUGGAGGACUACGUUGCAUUGAUUGCCAAGCUCCGCGAGUCUUCCCCAGCCCAACAACGCAUGUCGACUGGCCCCGGCGGCGCUCCUCCUGCUGGCAUCGUCGCGCAAGCAACCGGCAAAGUCAGUGGCCAUGCCUCCAAGUCGAGUGUUGGCAAGAUUCACGUCCAGGGCUCCAACGCCAACGUCACCCACACCAUCAACGAGGAUGAGAGGACGGAAUUCACCCGUCACAUCAACGCCGUCCUGGCCGGAGAUGCGGACAUUGGAAACCGCCUCCCCUUCCCCACUGACACCUUUGAGAUGUUCGACGAGUGCAAGGACGGUCUCGUGCUGGCCAAGCUCAUCAACGACAGCGUCCCCGACACCAUUGACGAGCGUGUUUUGAACCGCCCCAAGAACAAGAAGCAGCUCAACGCCUUCCAGAUGACGGAAAACAACAACAUUGUCAUUGAGUCGUCCAAGGGUAUCGGUCUGUCGGUCGUCAACAUUGGCAGUGUGCUGACUUUUUUUUUUUUGUUCAGGGUGAACAACUUCUCCAGCGACAUCAAGGACGGUGAGAACUACACUGUCCUUUUGGCGCAGAUCGGUUCCGAAUAUGGAGCGACGAGAGCUCCCCUCCAGACGAGGGAUCUCCUGCAGAGGGCCGAGGAGAUUCUGCAGACCGCCGACAACAUGGGAUGCCGCAAGUUCCUCACGCCCACGUCCUUGGUCGCCGGCAACCCCAAGCUGAACUUGGCCUUCGUUGCCAACCUCUUCAACACCCACCCCGCACUCGACCCCAUCACCGAGGAGGAGAAGCUCGAGGUGGAGGACUUUGACGCCGAAGGGGAGAGAGAGGCCCGCGUCUUCACCCUUUGGCUAAACAGCUUGGACGUGCAGCCUGCCGUCCAGUCCUUCUUUGACGACCUGCGCGACGGCACGAUCCUUCUGCAGGCGUACGACAAGGUCAUCAAGGGAUCCGUCAACUGGCGUCACGUCAACAAGCCCCCGGCGCACGGCGGCGAGAUGUUGCGCUUCAAGGCCGUCGAGAACACCAACUACGCAAUCGAGCUCGGCAAGCAGAACCGCUUCUCGCUCGUGGGCAUCCAGGGCGCGGACAUCACCGACGGCCAACGGACCCUCACCCUCGGUUUGGUGUGGCAGCUGAUGCGCAGGGACAUCACCCUCACCCUCUCGACUCUGGCGCAGCGCCUGGGCAAGAAGGAGAUCACGGACGCCGAGAUGGUCAGAUGGGCCAACGAUAUGUCCCGCAAGGGCGGCAAGUCGUCGGCGAUCCGCUCCUUCAAGGACCCCGCCAUCGGCACCGGCGUCUUCCUGCUGGACGUGCUCAACGGCAUGAAGAGCAGCUACGUCGACUACGACCUCGUCACCCCCGGCCGCACGGACGACGACGCCUACCUCAACGCCAAGCUCAGCAUCUCCAUUGCGAGAAAGAUGGGCGCGACCAUCUGGCUGGUGCCCGAGGAUAUUUGCCAGGUCCGCAGCCGCCUGGUGACCACCUUUAUCGGUACGUUGAUCUUUACCCUUGGCUCCAUGCACCCCCGCGUUUCUAGUGCUAACCCCCUUGGCAGGAUCUCUCAUGGCGACGGCAGAGAAGCAGGGACUGUAAACCGUCUUUGA